UCGUAACCGAUAACGGCGACACCCAUGCGACCGUUCCAUCCCUAGCCCCACGUCUCUCGGUGUUUGGAAUUCCGUAUUGGCAAAUUUGCAAAACCAGCCCGUCGCCCUCGGAUUAUAAUUUCCCAACGAGGCGAGAACGAUCCCAGUCUUUUUGGAGAUCGCAGUUCGCAUUCCCCUCCGAGAGUCGCAUGUGCUGGCAGCGACACAGCGCACAUUUGCUGAGACGAUUCCGAAUCCGGACGAAACGCCGGAGCCCCAUUACUCAAUUAGCCGGCGGACUACGGACAAUAGCACACCAGCCGUGGAAGAUGGCGGAUCAGGUCAAGUAUCUGGACACACCGGACAAGUCGGAGACGGACAAAAAGCUGUACAAGACUCUGCUGUUGGGUAAUGGCUUGCACGCCCUGAUUGUCUCCGAUCCCAGUCCCAUGCCACACGAUGGCUUCACCACCUCGGAAUCCUCAUCGGACAAGUCCUGCGAACGCGAGUCGACCAGCAGUUCGGUGAGCAGCAGCAGUGAUUCCAGCUCGUCCAGCUCCUCGGACAGUGGGAGUAGCGUUGAAUCCGGUAGCGAAGAGGGCGACGAGAAGCUCGCCGCUUGUGCCCUGUUGAUCGACUAUGGCUCCUUUGCGGAGCCAAAGAAAUACCAAGGAUUGGCCCACUUCCUCGAGCACAUGAUCUUCAUGGGUUCUGAGAAGUAUCCAGAGGAGAACAUCUUCGAUGCGCACAUUAAGAAGUGCGGUGGGUUCAGUAAUGCCAACACGGACUGCGAGGAGACGCUCUUCUAUUUUGAGGUGGCAGAGAAGCAUCUGGACUCGAGCUUGGACUAUUUUACGGCUUUGAUGAAGGCACCGCUGAUGAAACAGGAGGCCAUGCAACGCGAACGCAGCGCCGUUGACUCGGAGUUCCAGCAAAUCCUGCAGGAUGAUGAGACAAGACGGGAUCAACUGCUGGCCAGUUUGGCCACCGAAGGAUUCCCACACGGCACUUUCGCCUGGGGCAACAUGAAGUCGCUGAAGGAGAACGUGGACGAUGCGGAGCUGCACAAGGUGCUACACGAGAUUCGGAAGGAGCACUAUGGCGCCAACCGGAUGUAUGUUUGCCUGCAGGCCCGCUUGCCCAUCGAUGAGCUGGAAUCGCUGGUCGUGCACCACUUUUCGGAGAUCCCCCACAACGAUGUGAAGGCGCCGGAUUUAACCAAGUUCAACUACAGAAAUGCCUUCAAACCGGAGUUCCAUGAGCAAGUGUUCUUUGUGAAGCCCGUGGAGAACGAAUGCAAGCUGGAGCUGACUUGGGUGCUGCCCAAUGUGCAGCAGUAUUACCGCAGCAAGCCCGAUCAGUUUCUGUCGUAUCUGCUCGGUUACGAGGGGCGUGGCAGCCUGUGCGCCUACUUGAGACGCCGCCUGUGGGCUCUCCAUUUAAUUGCCGGCAUCGAGGAGAACGGCUUCGACAUGAACUCCAUGUACGCUCUGUUCAACGUGUGCAUUUAUCUCACGGAUGAGGGUUUCAAGAAUCUGGAUGAAGUCCUGGCCGCCACUUUCGCCUACGUGAAGCUCUUCUCGAACUGUGGCUCCAUGAAGGAAGUUUACGAGGAACAGCAGCGCAUCGAAGAGACGGGUUUCCGCUUCCAGGCUCAGCGACCAGCAUUCGAUAACGUUCAGGAGUUGGUGCUAAACUCGAAGUACUUCCCACCGAAGGACAUUCUCACGGGCAAGGAGCUCUACUACGAGUACAACGAGGAGCAUCUCAAGGAACUGAUUAGUCACCUGAACGAGAUGAAGUUCAACCUGAUGGUCACCUCGCGCAACAAGUACGAGGGUGUGAGUGCCUACGAUCAGACGGAGGAGUGGUUCGGCACGGAGUACGCCACCAUUCCGAUGCCUGAAAAGUGGCGCAAGCUUUGGGAGGAUUCGAAGCCCCUACCCGAAUUGUUUUUGCCCGAGCCAAAUAAGUUCGUCACAGAGGAUUUCACGCUGUUCUGGCAAUCGUUAUGCAAACCAGAAAUUCCCGCCGUACCGAAGAGGCUGCUCAAGACGGACACCUGCGAACUGUGGUUCCGUCAGGACGACAAGUUCGAUUUGCCCGAGGCUCACAUGGCUUUCUAUUUCAUCUCGCCGCUGCAGCGACAAAGUGCCAAAAACGAUGCCAUGUGCACACUUUACGAGGAGCUGGUGAAGUUCCAUGUGUGCGAGGAACUGUAUCCAGCCAUCAGUGCCGGUCUUUCGUACACCUUCAGCACCAUUGAGAAGGGAUUGCUGCUGAAAGUGAGCGGCUACAAUGAGAAACUACACCUUAUAGUAGAAGCCAUCGCCGAGGGAAUGCUUCAUGUGGCAGAUACCCUGGACGAAAAUAUGCUGGCUGCCUUCAGGAAGAACCAACGCAAGAACUUCUUCAACACCCUGAUAAAGCCAAAGGCACUUAACAGGGACGUUCGCCUCUGUGUGCUGGAGCAAAUCCGCUGGCUAAUGAUCGACAAGUACAAGUGCCUCAACGAUAUUACCUUGGAGGAUCUGCGGGAGUUUGCCCGUCAAUUUCCCAAGGAACUAUACAUCCAAUCGCUAAUCCAGGGCAACUACACGGAGGAAUCCGCUCACAAUGUACUGAACUCGGUGCUGAGUCGCCUCAAUUGCCAGGCGAUCAAGGAGAAGCGCUACGUAGAGGAUAGAACCAUGCAACUGCCGCUGGGAACCAAUGUAAUCCGAUGCCACGCCCUCAACGAACAGGAUACAAAUACGGUGAUAACGAACUUCUAUCAAAUUGGACCGAAUACAGUUCGCGUGGAGAGCAUCCUUGAUUUGAUGAUGAUGUUCGUGGACGAACCGCUGUUUGAUCAACUUAGAACUAAGGAGCAACUGGGCUACCAUGUGGGCGCCACUGUGAGGAUUAACUACGGCAUUGCCGGGUAUUCGAUUAUGGUCAACUCGCAGGAGACCAAAACGACGGCCAACUAUGUGGAGGGUCGCAUCGAGGUGUUCCGCGCCAAAAUGCUGCAAAUUCUGCGCCAGAUGCCGCAGGACGACUACGAUCACACUCGCGACUCGCUAAUCAAGCUGAAGUUGGUGGCCGACAUGGCACUGGGCACCGAAAUGGCGCGCAACUGGGACGAGAUCCUCAACGAGGACUACCUUUUCGAUCGCCGACGUCGCCAAAUUGAAGUGCUGCGCACGCUUCAAAAGUCGGAGAUCAUUGAUUUCCUCCUGGAUAUCGAUACCAACAACCUGAGAAAGCUGUCCGUUCAGGUGAUUGGCCAUCGUCCAGCGGAUAUGCCGGAACCUUUGCCCGGUUCCCACAUCGCUGGCGAUGACGAAGACAAGGCCGCAGACGCUAACGAAACUGGAGAUGAGAGUGGAACUGAGAAGGAUGAACACGAGGAUGAUGAGGAUUCAGAGGAAGAGGUCGACGACGAGGAUCUAUUUGUGGCCCUGGAGAACAAGCUGAAUGUGGUUUUCCUGCCCGCAGUUGGCAAUGAAAAGACCAUUCUGGAUAUUAACGAGUUUAAGAAGGGUCUGGACGUUUAUCCCAAGCGAAAGAGUCAACAGGCGGAGGAGGAGGAUCUGUCGCUCGCCGCCCGCAUUGAAGACGCCAUUGGCCAGGCGUGAGACCCUUGAGCAGACAACAAACCCACCCACCCAAACCAGCUGUCGUCUUCAUAUACCUCACCUAUUUCCCUUUUUUUUUGUUGAUUAGCCAAAGGUAGAAGAGUAGUUGCAAUCCCUUUUACACCAACCUCCUGACCAAGUCAGCAAUUCGCUCUCAUAUUUUAAUACACUCCUCCAUUAUUAGUUUGAACUUCAACCCACACUUCGGCGCAGCUAAUGACGAAUGCAUUUUGGAGUAUUGACACACCGCAUAUGAUUGAUCGCAUUGUCUGUCUUUCGUACUGAUUUAAUACACAAAUAAAAAUCAAAAUUAAAAGCAA